CUCGGAGAAAGAAUGUAAAUAUUCAUAUUUUUCUACACCUCUUUUGUAUCUUACUCACCUUCUUCUUCAUCAAUAAAACACCACCUUAUUUCAUAACAACAAUCCUUACACAGAAACACACAACAUGAAUGUCACACUAUAUUUCCUAAUAAUAACAAUCACUCUUUCCCUCCCAAUAUCCAUUUCCCAACCCACCGGGUCAGCCCAUUUACCCGAAUACAAAGCUUUACUAUCAUUAAAAUCCUUCAUAACAUCCGACCCACAAUCCGUUUUACAAUCAUGGAAUAUAUCCACUAGUCAUUGCAUUUGGGCUGGUGUCACGUGCGAUUCUCAACGUCACGUGACUUCAUUAAAUCUUGCUGAUUUUAAUCUCACCGGGAUAAUUCCACAUACUAUCGGAAACCUUGUAAACUUGGUUAACUUCACCGUUGCCGUUAACAAUUUCGCCGGAAAUAUCCCGCCGGAGAUUUCAAACAUCUCCGGUCUACGGUAUCUAAACCUUUCCAACAAUAUUUUUAAUUCCACUUUCCCGGUGGAACUUUUUAGUUUAAAAAAUCUUGAAGUUCUUGAUCUUUACAAUAAUAACUUGACCGGAAACCUUCCCGCCGGUGUACCGGAAAAUUCAAACCUCCGGCAUUUUCAUCUGGGUGGCAACUAUUUUUCUGGGUUUAUCCCACCGGAAUAUGGGAACUUUUCAAAACUUGAAUAUUUGGCGGUUUCCGGCAACGAACUCACCGGAGAAAUCCCGCCGGAGAUUGGAAAGUUAAGUAAUUUGAAAUAUCUUUAUCUGGGUUAUUACAAUGUUUACUCCGGCGGCAUACCGCCGGAGAUUGGGAACUUAACUAGCUUGAUACGUAUAGAUGCUGCUAGCUGUGGACUCGCCGGAGAAAUUCCGGCCGAGCUCGGUAAACUUGUAAAUCUUGAUACACUUUUUCUACAAAUUAAUGGGCUAUCUGGGUAUUUGAAAAAUGAACUUGGGAAUUUAAAAUCAUUAAAAAGUUUAGAUCUUUCAAAUAAUAUGUUCACUGGAGAGAUACCGGAAUCUUUUAAAGAUUUAAAAAAUAUAACUUUAAUUAAUUUAUUUCGAAAUAAGUUAUAUGGGUCUAUACCGGAGUUUAUAGCUGACUUGCCUGAAUUAGAAGUUUUACAGUUAUGGGAUAAUAAUUUUACUGGAAAUAUACCGAAAAGUUUAGGUAAAAAUGGGAAGUUGCAAAUAGUUGAUUUGAGUACAAAUAAGUUGACUGGUUCAUUGCCUGGUAGUUUGUGUUAUGGGAAUAAGCUAGAAACUUUGAUUGUGUUGGAGAAUUUUUUAUUUGGGGAGAUACCGUUGGAGUUAGGCGAAUGUGAGUCGUUGAGUCGAGUUAGAAUGGGGGAGAAUUAUCUUAAUGGUUCGAUACCGGAAGGGUUGUUUAGUUUGCCUAAGCUUUCACAAGUCGAGCUUCAAGAUAAUUUACUUAUGGGUGGGUUUCCUGUGACUAGUUAUGUUUCGGUUAGUCUUGGACAGGUGAGUUUGUCGAAUAAUGGGUUAAGUGGUCCGUUGCCUGCUAGUAUUAGUAACUUUACUGGUGUUCAGAAGCUUUUGCUGGAUGGUAAUAACUUUACGGGGCACAUUCCGGGUGAAAUAGGGAAAUUGCAGCAACUGUCAAAGAUUGAUUUUAGCCGAAAUAGUUUUUCUGGGAAGAUUGCACCGGAGAUUAGUAGAUGUAAGUUGUUGACAUAUGUGGAUCUUAGCCAGAACCAGCUUUCCGGAGAGAUUCCUACUGAAAUAACAGAUAUGCACAUUUUAAAUUAUUUGAAUGUAUCACGUAAUCGUUUAGUAGGUAGCAUCCCCACAUCGAUUGCAUCAAUGCAAAGCUUGACGUCUGUUGAUUUUUCAUAUAAUGAUCUUUCUGGUUUGGUUCCGGGUACAGGGCAGUUUAGUUACUUUAAUUACACUUCAUUUGAGGGGAACCCAAAGCUAUGUGGACCAUAUUUAGGACCAUGUAAUGAUGCAUUUGCUAAUAGCACCCAUCAUUCACAUUCAAAAGGCUCACUUUCUUCUUCUGCAAAGCUUUUGCUUGUUAUUGGGCUUCUUCUCUGCUCCAUUGUGUUUGCUAUUGCAGCAAUCAUAAAGGCUCGAUCUUUAAAACGAAAUAGUGAAGCUCGAGCAUGGAAACUCACGGCUUUCCAAAGAUUAGACUUUACAUGUGAUAAUGUUCUUGAUAGUUUAAAAGAAGAUAACAUUAUUGGAAAAGGAGGAGCCGGAACUGUUUACAAAGGGGUUAUGCCAAACAAUGAGCUAGUGGCUGUCAAGAGGUUAGCAGUUAUGAGUCGGGGUUCAGCCCAUGAUCACGGGUUCAAUGCCGAGAUUCAGACUCUAGGGAGAAUUAGACAUAGGUAUAUAGUCAGGUUGUUGGGGUUCUGUUCAAACCAUGAAACAAAUCUAUUGGUUUAUGAGUAUAUGCCAAAUGGGAGCUUAGGUGAAAUGCUUCAUGGGAAGAAAGGUGGCCAUCUCUAUUGGGAUACAAGAUAUAAGAUUGCCAUUGAAUCUGCAAAGGGACUUUGCUAUCUCCAUCAUGAUUGCUCCCCAUUGAUCCUUCACCGUGAUGUGAAAUCAAACAAUAUACUUUUGGAUUCUAAUUUUGAAGCCCAUGUGGCGGAUUUUGGUCUUGCUAAGUUCUUGCAAGAUUCAGGCACCUCAGAAUGUAUGUCAGCAAUUGCUGGCUCUUACGGGUAUAUUGCACCAGAAUAUGCAUACACUCUAAAAGUUGAUGAGAAGAGUGAUGUGUAUAGUUUUGGUGUAGUUCUGUUGGAGCUAGUGACUGGCAGGAAACCAGUGGGAGAAUUUGGAGAUGGCGUAGACAUAGUGCAAUGGGUGAGAAAGUUGACGGGUGGUAAUAAAGAACAUGUUUCCAAGAUUGUAGAUCCUAGACUCCCAUAUGCUCCCACACACGAGGUAAUGCACAUGUUCUAUGUAGCAAUGCUUUGUGUUGAAGAACAAGCAGUGGAACGACCGACCAUGAGAGAAGUUGUCCAAAUCUUAACAGAAGUUCCUAAGACUUCUGUUUGCAGACAAGGAGGAGAAUCAGUUGUUGCCACUAGUGUUGCUCCAGAUUCACCUCUUUUGAGAUCUCCAUCACCGCCACCACCGCCUCUGCCAGGCACCAUGGAAUCACCCAUCAGUACUUCAGACAAUGUCAACAACAAUGAACAAAAUAAGAUCCGUGAUCUUCUAAGCAUCUGAAUAAAUAAUGUUGAAUUAGUUAGUCUUUUCGAAUCUUGGUUAGUUUUCACUUGGGUUUUGCUAUAUGGUAUGAAUGUAAUUUGUAUAUAGUAGUAUUCAGUUUUGGUAUUUCAACAGUGAUUCCUUCCGGUUUGGUGAUCUGUGUCACCGGAUUAAUAUAAAGAAGUAACAUAGUAUUGUAAUUGUUACAUUCCUACAUUUAUUAGAUAGUGUAAGUUUAUUAUGAAA